AUGUCGUCCAGUCCUAUCAAGUUUCCCUCCCCAGUAGGAGGUGUCCCGUUCUCUCAUGACUUCGAUCCUUCUAUUGUGUUCAUCGUCUUCUUUGCUCUGUGUCUUCCUGUCGCGGUGUACCGCCUGAUGAACCAGCAACGACGAACAUAUAUUAUUAUCUCCGUAAUGUUUUUUUGUAUCGAAAGGGUGAUCAACUUCUCACUGCGUGCCGCCGAGGCGCGCAGCCCUGUCAAGCGCACGGAGAGGUUCUACGUGACGUACCUGCAAGGAGCUUACGGUACAGGCUUCAUUGGACUUGGACAAGCACUUACCGUUAUCCUCCGCGCGUACCUCGUCUAUACCACUCGCGGCGAAGUCGCUGUCGGCGGAAAAGCUGCACCAUUCGCAUUGUCGUCCAGAAGUGAUACACGGCUGCCGCUGACGGAGGAAUACGCCAUAUCGUCGGAUGCCGGGGUGUUUCAACCGCUACCCAUGUCGCCCAUGGAAGAUGAUCCUGACCGACGAAUGCAAAUUCGCCGCCUGUUGCGUAUUAUCAGCUUUGUAUACUGGGUUGCGGUGAUACUCAGCGCCGUAUCUGGUGGGUUGUACUGGUCGGGUAUCACGGAUUCCAAUAAGGGAAAGCUCGUACAGCAGACAAGAUACGCAUCGACGAUCAUUGUCCUGCUUCAGCUGCAGGCUACUAAUGCCAUUGCAAUCUGGGCAUGGAAGACACGGCCGCGUAGUGUGCAAUCAAGCCGCGUGCUACUGAUAUCAUUUUUCAUAUCCAUUCUGUCUAUUGUUGCGAUGUAUCGCCUCGCAGUGAUGGCCAACGAGACAACGGCUCUCUUAUCCACCACGCGGGCGUCGCUGAACAUGCCGUCAGAAAAAACAGCGUUUUACGUGUUGCACAUCGCGCCGGAGGGGCUCGUUGCAGUAGCAUUACUCUUGUUGGAUAUGAAAGGGCUUUUCUGCAUGGGGAUGAAGGGUGACACUGCGCUAAAUGAUAAUGUACAGAGUCAGUGA